AUGACCUUGACCAAAGAAAGUUUCUUGUUCUUUAACUGUUUGAUUUUCCUUUGUGAAGCUGAUAAAGCGCUCGCUGAUGGCUUGCAUACAUGUGGAGUUAGAACAUGUCAUAUCUUGGGUUUUAUGAUGGCUCAGAAAGGUGGUCACGAAGGUUUGAGAUUCAUCAAGAAAGACCUAUAUAACUACUUUAGUAAUGGAGCUAAGGCUAGAAGGGAAAAUGGGGAUGCUAUUGCUGCUUUGUGUUAUUUCCAGUCUAAAGCUGAUAAUGAACCGAUGUUUUAUUCGAAGUUUACAAUAGACAAUGGUCGUCUACAAAAUUUAUUUUGGUCAGAUGGAACUAGCCGAUUUGACUUUGAAUGUUUUGGUGACGUGCUUGCAUUUGACACAACCUACAAAAGGAACAGGUACAACAAGCCGUUUGUUAUUUUCAGUGGGUUGAAUCAUCAUGGUGAAACUACAAUUUUUGGGUGUGCUUUAAUUUCUGAUGAAACGACUGAGACAUAUAAGUGGCUUUUAAAUACCUUGUCAGAUGCAAUGUUUAAAAAACAUCCCAGAGUAGUUGUUACUGAUGGCGAUGGUGCAAUGAGGGAAGCUAUUAGAGUUGAAUUUCCAAAUGCAUUUCAUCGCCUUUGUUCUUGGCAUUUACAUCAAAACACUAUUCAAAAUGUCAAGAGUCCAAAGUUUGUGGAAGAGUUUAACUCAUUGAUGUAUGCUGAUUAUUUCCCUGAGAAAUUUGAAACUGAGUGCAAGAGGAUCACCGAUGAUUGUGAUGUAUCAAACCACAAGUGGGUUAAAAAAGUUUACGAGAUGAAGACAAUGUGGGCAAGUGCGUACAUGCGAGACAAAUUUGUUUGUGGUAUAAGGACUACAUCUCGUUGUGAAGUGAAAGAAUACAGACAUAAUGAAUUAUUGUCUGAUUUCAACUCGUUAUAUUAUGAGCCUGUAUUGACAAAUGCUUUAGAAGGGAUUGAGAUCGAUGCUUCCAAGGUCUUUACAAGAAAUAAGUUUAGGGAAGUUAAAAAACGGAUAGAAGGGGCAGGUGCAUUGAAUGUCAUUGAACGGACUGAGCUUGGUAAUAAUGUCAUGUUGAAGAUGAAUCGAUUUUGCAAUCCAAAUUUGAAUAUUUCAGUUCGUCUUGAUAAGGUGGAAAAUAUAUUUUCAUGUGACUGUAGUUUGUUUGAACGCGAAGGAAUUCCAUGUUCUCACUGA